AUGGGCCCCGGGCUAGCUUGCUGGGCAGGGUAUCAGUGUCGGGUGUUUCUGGCUCGAUGCUGCAGUGAGUUCUCUAGAGAGCCAGACGUUUCUUGUUGCGCGAGGGGUCUUGGUUCUGCUAUAGACCAGCCAGCAGAACUAAGAGGCGAAGCCAGGGGUCAGGUUGGCGUUGGUGAUGAUGUUGGUGGAGGUGUUGGUGGAGGUAGUGAUGGUCAGUGUUGCAGGAAAUGUGGACAGCAGUGA